UGUCGUGGAAAUGUAUACAUGGAAAUAUAAUAAGAAGUGUUAAUUUGGGCUAGCGUUUUGGUUCGUUUAGGAGGAGGAGGAGGAGGCGAUUCUGUAUUUGUAGGGCAGGUGAUCGAGAUUUGGUGAGAUAGUGAGCGGGAGAGUGAAGUGAUUUGAGGUGUGGCGUCUUGGAUAGCUGGGUUGACAAUGCGGUGCUGGAGAGACGCUGUUGUUUCGUGGGGUAGUCGUUGAAUCAUUGACGAAACUUGGGAGCAGCCGAUCAGUGUACUGUCGAGGUUUCGACACUUUUCUUGAUGAGGGAUCGAGCAUCACAGAGCGUGCCGGUCAUUCAUUUCUGCAAUGUUUCUUUAUUUUGUAUUAGCAAAGGAUUAGCGUUUCUUGUGGUGUAGAAUGUGCGUGAUGUUGUGAGAUUGGGAAGAAUUUUCUCUCGUCGUUUCAUUAUCACUUGUGAAUGGAGAGGAACUGUCGGGUUGAAUUAGCCAACUGUAAGGAUCAUCGUCUCAAGUAAAGCUUUAAGACUCUGCAAAUUGAAACGAGGUUUUAUGGGGAUAGAUAAAAAGCAUUGCUUUAGAGCUGGUGUGAAGGUUUGACGAGACUUAGAAUCUCACGCCGAGGACCAAAGUUGGAGUGUGUGUCGCCAGUCAUGACAACGAACACUGAGCCUCUUCUGCGUCCUAGAAAUUCGAAUGGAAUCGGCAACAACACCUCAGGAGCAUUUAGAAGAAAUGAUGAUGAUGAGGAUAGGGCGUAUGAAAAAUCGGAACAAGUCAAAGUCCAUUUUGGUGAUGAGCUGGAUACUGAUGAAGAAGGAGGAGAUUUAGACUUUCUACCAAAAUUUUCAUGGCGAAAGCUAUGGAUGUUUGCCGGACCUGGAUUUUUAAUGAGCAUUGCAUACCUUGACCCUGGAAACAUUGAGAGUGACCUUCAAUCAGGGGCAACGGCAGGAUACGCCCUUCUGUGGUUAUUGAUGUGGGCUACGAUUAUGGGAUUUCUCAUCCAAAAACUUGCUGCGAGGCUUGGAGUUGCGACAGGUUGUCACUUGGCUGAGCUCUGUAGAGAAGAAUAUCCCUUUUGGGCCCGUAUGGUUCUUUGGGUCUUGACAGAGCUUGCUAUUAUCGGAGCUGAUGUUCAACAAGUCAUCGGAAGCGCUAUUGCCUUCAGGAUCCUUUCAAACGGCGUGAUUCCCUUGUGGGCUGGUGUGCUGAUAACUGGUAUUGAUGGGUUCCUGUUUCUGUUUUUGGAGAACUAUGGCGUUAGAAAACUGGAGCUUUUAUUCUGUAUAUUCAUUGGGAUAAUGGGACUUUCAUUUGCCUGGAUGUUUGGUGAGACCAAUCCAAAUGUCAAAGCUGUUGCCACUGGACUUAUUUUUCCGACUGUCCCCAGUUCGGCAGUGGAUAAAGCUGUUGGAAUUGUCGGUGCUGUCAUCAUGCCACACAACAUAUUUCUGCAUUCUGCUCUUGUCCAAUCUCGCGACAUAGACACCUCCAAGAAAAGUCGCGUGCGUGAAGCUCUCAGAUAUUACAACAUAGAGUCGGCAUUUGCUCUUUUUGUUUCCUUCUUGAUCAACCUUUGCGUCAUGGCCAUUUUCGCGAAGGCUUUCUACGGGAAGGAAGAAGCGGAAAUCAUUGGCCUUGCAAAUGCUGGAGAGUACCUCCAAGAGAGAUAUGGUGGUGGUAUGUUCCCAAUUCUCUACAUCUGGGCAAUUGGGUUGCUAGCUGCUGGUCAGAGCAGUACUAUGACAGGCACAUAUACUGGUCAAUUCGUUAUGGCUGGCUUCCUCAACUUGCGCGUGAAGAAGUGGAUUCGAGUGUUAGUUACACGAUCUGUCGCUAUUGUUCCGACUGUCAUUGUAGCUCUUGCCUUCGAUAGCUCACAGAACGAGCUGGAUAAUCUAAGCGAAUGGCUAAAUGUGCUGCAAUCCGUUCAGCUGCCAUUUGCCCUCCUCCCAUUAUUAUGUUUGGUUUCCAACGCAAGAAUUAUGGGUGUGUUCGUUAUCAGCAAAACUACCAAGGUGGUAGCUUGGAUCAUCGCACUCUUAGUGAUGGCAAUUAACAUGGACUUGUGGUUUGCGUUUGUAUUCGGCAGUACCUUCUCGUCUGUAUUUUCAAUUUUGGUAUUCGUAGUGAUCUCUGUUCUAUACAUCGCCUUCGUAAUUUAUUUGGUUCUGGAACCUUCGCAACCGGAUGGUAAUUGGGCGAACAUCAAGCAGAUUUUUGUUUCAUCUAGGUCGGACGACGGUUUAAGGUGAUUUGUCUCAUCGAAGAUUGGUGGGCUUACAAAUUUAGUACAAAGUAUUGAGAUGUCGUAGUCCAGAAGAUCUGGUAUGAAGCAAGAAUGAUUGUAUUAAUGCUUGAUAUUUUGUUAUCAUGUUUGAGGGAGAAGAAGCUAUGUACAAUCUUUGUACAUCUAUGGCACAUGCAUUGACAUAGAUUCUCGCACAAAGUGGCUACCCAUCACCAGAUUUUGUAAACUAUUUUCGGGAGAAUUCUUUUCCGAAGUAAACCCUGCAAAAUCGACUGUGUGCAUGCUUUGAGGAUUCUUUGCUAAUAAUUCACAUUUUUGUACGACGAAGUAAUUUUCCGUUCCUGGGAAAGAUGAAAUCAUUACUCUGAUCUUCUCAGCCGUAAUCGAAGAAUCCAAUUUGGUUUCUGUUGAUAAUAAAAUGCAGUAGCCGUCUGAA